CGUUAACACACUCACAGCACCUUCAAGCGUUCCAAUAAUAUACAGAAGAAUUUCCCCCAAAGCAACAAACAGCAACAGUAGCUAAAUUAAAUAUCUAAAGAUAAAACGAAUAGAUAUCUGUAAAUACAUAUAUCAUUCCCGAAACCAACAAAUAAACGCCAUUUUAAAGAGCUUGAAUAGAAAUACGUGUGUUGUUCGCCGACUAAUAUAAAUCUGUUAAACAUAUAUAAUCAAACCACAUUUAAUAAAAUUGAAUGUCAACGUGCGUGUCCAGUGCAAAAAGCUAAAUCCCCCGACUUGUUGUUGUGGCUGUCCUCGCCUGUAACUUUAAACGAAAGCAAAGUUUGGCAGCCAUGAAAACCCCUGACUUUGAUAACAAACUGCGCGUAUAAACUGCAAAGGGAAAUGAGCACACAAGGAAAGGCCAUUGUGAAACUGUGAAAGUGUAAUCAAAUAAAUUCUAUCGCUGGAUAAUCCGAAUAGAAGAAUAAAGGUCAGCCGUAGAAGAUGUGCAUAAAAACCUGCGACGACAUCAAAUUCGGUGACAAUAGCGACGGAGGCCAUGAAGGUGGAAAGAAUAACGUCAUCCGCAUAUCCAAUUCGGGCUACGAGCACUUUCAACUUCAUCUGCAGCUGCAGGCUAAGCUAAACAAACAAAAGCAUAAAGGCUACAAAUUGCCCAACUUUAAGAUUCUUAUGUGCUGUUGCUACUUCAUUAUCAUUGUCUUGAUGAUAUGAAAAC